CUCACAGUAGACUCUGGUCCCUCCUCGCUGCACCAUGUUUUGGAUUAUCGUGCUCUGGGGAUCCAUUGCUUUCCAGACCACAGAGGUAGUUACUAUCUCUUCUCCCCGCCCCCCUACGACAUUUCAGCCAAGCACCACCACUCCCCUCCCCACCACCAGCCCUCCUCCGCUGCGCCUCAGUGUCCAGGCGGUCCCGGACUACCCCGUGGCACAGGGUCAGGAUGUGGUGCUGCGGUGCGUGGUCAAGAGCGGUGAGGUUAACAGUUCGAUUUCCUGGUUUCACUAUUUGCCUACUUCAGUAACAGAGGUGGGCACAGGAGCGGAGCUGAGGCUGACCCAUCCCAAGCAGAACGGUGACUACAAAUGCCGCGCCAGGGACUACAGAAAUUUUUACAUUUACAGCAACAGUCAAUCUGUAAUGAUCGUGUCCGUACAGAACACCGUGUUAGAUAAUCUGGGCGUGGCUGGCUUCAUCCUCUCGGCUCUGGCUCUGAUUCUGGUCGUGGCGGGGCUCGUUUGGUUGUUCCGGCCGAAGUUUAGUACCACAGAAACCUCUCUGAACAUCUCCACAGGUGCCCCGUCCAAAUCCAAAGACCUAGAAAUGGCGCCCCCUGUUGACACAGAUGUGUACAUGAACUACAGCAACCCCAACGAGAACUACACUGACCUGGACCCCAACACCGUCACUGACGACGGCAUCUACACCAGCUUCCAAUAAACAUCCAGUCUGUGGGAAAAGUGUUUAUAGUUUGUGUUGAAUGGAAAUGUUGGAUUGAAAUGUUUUUAUUGUAUUUUAUUAUUAUGUGAGCAUGUGCAGAAGUGAUGAAAACAGCAGAGGGCAGCACUGCACUCUGAAGCAAAAGUUACAGGAAGUUUAAAGAAACUGUAUGAGCCUGUAGUGAUUUAACAGAGGUUCUACAGACACACUGAGCCUGGCCAGAGCCUUAAGACUGUGUUUCUCUUUUUUUUUUCUUUUUUUUCUGGGGAUCCAUAUUUUAAAACUCACAACCCUUCUCAACCCAAGUCAAUUGACAUUAUUCAUAAAUCACAAAAUAAGGUGGAUUUGAGCAUUAUUGAACAUUAAUGAGGAUAUUUUAUUGUUGAUUGAGUGAUCGUGUGUCUGAACAAAUAGUUUUACUCAAGUUUUAAACAAUGAAAAACAGCAAUAAAAGUAUCCGUAAGUUGACUAUUUGGAUAUUAA